AGUCCCCUAAACCAUGGAGUUUCUUUCCCAAAAGUUGUUCCUCCCCGAGGGUUAUUGUUGCUUCCUUUCGAGUUUCUCUUCACCACAGCUAGGAAUCAACCCUUGGAGUUCUGUUCUGAGCUCCAAAUCUUGCUUUUAUUUUUCCUUGAAAUUACUCUUCCUCCCCUCCCUGUAACCGGUUUUAUCUUGUAAAUUUAGUCGAAUUCGAGCUUCUCUGACUCUUACUUUCUUCGCUGAUUUUGGAGCUUGAAAUCGACUCAGACAAUGGAAGGAGGUAACCUAGAGGCAUCUAUAGAAUCUCUGUUGAAUGUGGAAAAGCAGAUGAGGCUUGCUGGAGAUGUUGCGGGAACAAAGAAAGCCGUUGUUGACAUUCUGGAGCUUUGCUUCCAAGCUCAAGCAUGGAAGACGCUGAAUGACCAGAUCGUUCUUUUGUCGAAGCGUAGGGGUCAGCUUAAACAGGCAGUGACUGCAAUGGUCCAGAAGGCAAUGGAAUACAUUGAUCAGACACCUGAUAUUGAAACUCGAGUAGAACUCAUCAAAACAUUAAACAGUGUGUCUGCUGGAAAGAUAUAUGUGGAAAUAGAGAGGGCACGGCUGAUCAAGAAGCUUGCUAAAAUCAAGGAAGAACAAGGACUUAUAGCCGAGGCUGCUGAUUUGAUGCAGGAAAUUGCUGUAGAAACAUUUGGAGCAAUGGCAAAAACAGAGAAGAUAGCAUUCAUCCUUGAACAAGUUCGUUUGUGUCUAGACCGCCAGGAUUAUGUUCGUGCACAGAUCCUCUCAAGGAAGAUUAGUCCACGAGUUUUUGAUGCUGAUACUUCCAAAGAAAAGAAGAAGCCCAAGGAAGGUGAUAGUGUUGUUGAAGAGCCUCCUGCUGACAUACCUUCAUUAUUGGAGUUGAAGCGGAUCUAUUAUGGACUAAUGAUAAGGUACCACUCCCAUAACAAUGAUUAUCUUGAGAUCUGUCGUAGCUACAAGGCAACCUAUGAGAUUCCAUCUGUCAAAGAAGAUCCGGCACAGUGGAUACCAGUCCUACGGAAAAUUUGCUGGUAUUUAGUUCUGUCUCCACAUGAUCCAUUGCAGUCAAGCCUUCUUAACUCUACUUUGGAGGAUAAGAAUCUAGGUGAAAUUCCAAAAUUUAGGUUGCUGUUGAAACAGCUUACCACAAUGGAGGUGAUCCAGUGGAAUACACUGUGGGAGACAUAUCAGUAUGAGUUUGAGAAUGAAAAGAACAUGCUUGGCGGUCAUUUGGGUGAGAAAGCAGCAGAGGAUCUAAAACAGAGAAUUAUUGAGCAUAACAUAUUAGUCGUGUCAAAAUAUUACUCUAGGAUCAAAUUGAAGAGACUUGCAGAGCUGCUGUGUCUCACUCUCCAGGAAGCUGAGAAGCACCUGUCAGAGAUGGUCGUCUCCAAGUCGUUGAUUGCAAAAAUUGACCGGCCAAUGGGAAUUGUCUGCUUCCAGACAGCAAAGGAUAGUAAUGACAUUCUCAAUUCAUGGGCAAUGAACUUGGAGAAGCUGCUUGAUCUUGUUGAGAAGAGUUGCCACCAAAUCCACAAGGAAACCAUGGUUCACAAAGCUGCUCUGAAAGUCUAAACUGAUAGUUCCACUGAUUAAGAAGUAUGAUUCUCUAAUCUCUCUCUCUCUCUCUCUUGUAUUUGUGAGACAUGAUCUUUAUGAAACAUGUUUGUAUUGGUAAAAGCCAUUCAUAUCUUUACUAUAAAUUUUGAAAUUUCUUUCAUUUUACAUUUGAUGAACAGGUGUUGAUUAAUGAGAAAUCUUUUAAGAAACUAUUAGCUCA